AUGAUGUCAAUACCAACUUCUUAUCAACAAGAACCAAUUCCAAUAAUGAUUAAUUGUAGACAAUCAUUUCAACCGAUACCAAUGGCACAACAAUAUAAUGAUCAUUCGAUAGGUUAUAGUAAUGCAUUUAAAAAUAAUCGGAUAGGUCCACAGCAAUCAGAUUAUAACAUGUCUUAUCAAUCAAAUAACUCUCAUCGAGCUCCGUCAUCAAUUCAAUCGACAAAAGGACUCAUUCAACCAUCACGAAUCCAUUCGCUGAAACAACCAAUUGUGGAUGGAAUCUAUCCUUAUAAUUCGAAUCAAUCGUAUUAUCCACAAAAUAAGUAUACGGAAAAUGCUGUUUCUGAUGAAUAUCAUGGAAAAAAUAAAACAUCGACCUCAUUUUGUUGGCAACUAACUUGCUUUGGUUUAACUCGUUUAACGGCAGGAAUUCUAUUUGGAACAAUGAUAUUACUCAUGGCUAUAUCGAUCGGUGGUCUUGUAGUUUCCAUUAUUUUGUAUGUUCAAGAUCAAAGUACGAAUUCACAAUGGAAAAUCUUGGGUAUAGUUGUCAGUUGUGUACUGUUAAUAACAAUAAUUGUGACAUUAUGUAUAUUUAUAUAUUGCUAUAAAAACGGUCGUAUUGGUAAUAGCGAUGAUAAAAGUACUUUAGAAACAAGAGAAUAUAAUCAAGAAAAUGAUUUUGUAAAAAGAAAUUAUUUUAAUCGAUCAUAUGAUAUGUCAUCACUACCAUACGGAACAAAUCAAAAUGCUUCACCAUUUUCAACAAAUGAAGAUAUUAUCCAAGUUGAAGAUAAACAAACAAAUACUGAAAUAACAAUGGCACCUUUACGACCAAGAGAUUGCCAACGUGGUGUUUGGCCAGGAAAGAAUGCAUAUGGAGGUAUAUCUUAUCGUUCCUUCGAAAAACCAAUAAUGACUCAUCGUUUCAUACAAACAUCAUCUAAUGAAGACGAUCAAACAGUGCCACAAGGAAAUAUUAAUUUGAUGAAUAUUCCACCAAGAACGAUCAUUCGACUACCCGGAAGAAGUCAGCCUCACCGUCACGGGGAAUAUUCGAGUCGUUUUAAUGAAACAAUUCCUUCGAGACCAAUAGGGCGGCUAAUAGAAGACUAUGUAGAACAUCCUCAAUUACAAAAAAAUGUUAUAGAGAGAUUAGACGAUAGAAGAAAAAUACAAAUAUUCAAUAAUGUUUCUGUUAAACGUAUAGAAACAUUUGAAGAACCAAACAUUACAGAUGAAUUUACAACUGAUCAUUUUUAUCAAUAA